GAUGUCAUCACAACCUUUGCCACUUACCCAUCAUGCAGCGCAAAAGAGGAAUUUUGGCCGUGGGGAAUGGCCGGCAAUUUAACUUCGAAAAAGUCUGUGAGUCUUAGUCUUACUUCUCAAUAUGCACCUUCGUGGAAAACGUGGGAAGGAAUCCGUGAGCUUGUACAAAACUGGCACGAUGGAGUGUUUUCUUCACUGGAGAAAAUGCAGCUUGAUUGCAGAACGGAAAUGUUGCCAAGAUCCUCGGUUGCUUUCCUGUCUUGCAAACAGGGCGAUUCGUUAGUGUAUAAAGCAGUUCUCACAACAGCAAGAAACUCUUUCUUUUAUGAAGGAAUGACGAAGUUAAAUAGCAGUUCAGAUGAUUUUGAAUCUGUCAAUGGCGAGUUUGAUCGAACGUUCGAAAGUACACGGGACCAGCAGCAACGAAACGUGGUACUGGGUAAAAUAGUGUAUUCUCCCUUUCGCAAAAAACUUAUCCUGGUAAACUACAACACUGAGCUUAUGAGGAAGGUCUUGCUUCUAGGAUUUUCGAAGAAAGCUUCAAGCAAAGAAGUGAUUGGUCAGUUUGGUGAAGGCCUGAAAGUUGGUGCUCUUGCCUUAGUGAGGGAGGGGAGAUCUGUUUCCAUGGAAACCAGUAGAGAUCGCUGGAAGUUUGGCCUGUCGUGCGAUGACACUUUUAACGAAGAGGUUCUGACUGUUUUUGUAAAGGAUCGGAGUAAAGGAUUUGAUGAUGAUGAUGAUGAUGACGAUGGUGAUGACGACCUUGGUCUGCAAGACACUUGUGUAACUGUUCGUCCUCUUUGUCUCAAAGAUUGGAAAGUUUAUCUGGAGCGGUUCCUUUUCCUCUGCCCACCAUCGGAUUAUGUCAAGUCAGAGAUUGGCACCUUGCUUAUUGGUGAUCGUUACAAGGGUCAACUGUAUGUCAAAGGUGUUUGGGUGUCAGACCUCUCAAAGGAUGGUCUUUCAUCAGGGGUAAACUUCGCCCAUCUUAAGAUCGACAGAGAUCGAAGAGCUGUCGUGCACCUCAGUGAUAUUGAUCACCAAGUAAGUAGUAUGUGGGUGCAUGCAAUUGAGCAAAGACCAGAUUUGAUUCCAUUAUACUACAGUCUCUUAGAAGAAAACAACACCUCAGAUGUGCGACAUGCAAACUUCUAUCUAACAGAUAAAUCUGCCUUACUUGUGGCUCAGCAGUUCUUUGCCAUUCAUGGAAGUAUGACAUAUCCUGUUUCAAACUCAAUAUCUACUGAAUUGUUGGAUGAGAUCAAACGAGAAAUUCAUCAAAAAUUGGUUUUAUGCAAUGAGGCAUUAAUUAACAUACUGUAUAAAUCAGGGGCAGUAGAACCAGUGGAAUCCAUUUUGUCAAGGAGCUCAAUGAAGAAAUCUGUUAUUGUUCCUUAUGCGGACUUGACGCAAGACGAAGUCAGUACCCUCAAGCAUAUUGAAAAGCUGGUACAAAUUUGCAUUCCAGAAUUUAAAAUGGGAUCUAUGGAUAUCUCUGAAGCCAGUGGGAAUGCUAUUGUCUUGACGGACUCCAAUCAUUUUGAGAUUCCAAGAGGUUUAUUGAGAGAGAAAAUAGAACAUUAUGGUGGAGAAAACUGUAGGAGAGGUGACAGCUGUCUGUGUAGAGAAGCUUUGAUUGCGGCAAAGAUUUUAACUCUCCAACCUAACUUAAAUGGUGAAUUAAUUCAANCAGAUAAAUCUGCCUUACUUGUGGCUCAGCAGUUCUUUGCCAUUCAUGGAAGUAUGACAUAUCCUGUUUCAAACUCAAUAUCUACUGAAUUGUUGGAUGAGAUCAAACGAGAAAUUCAUCAAAAAUUGGUUUUAUGCAAUGAGGCAUUAAUUAACAUACUGUAUAAAUCAGGGGCAGUAGAACCAGUGGAAUCCAUUUUGUCAAGGAGCUCAAUGAAGAAAUCUGUUAUUGUUCCUUAUGCGGACUUGACGCAAGACGAAGUCAGUACCCUCAAGCAUAUUGAAAAGCUGGUACAAAUUUGCAUUCCAGAAUUUAAAAUGGGAUCUAUGGAUAUCUCUGAAGCCAGUGGGAAUGCUAUUGUCUUGACGGACUCCAAUCAUUUUGAGAUUCCAAGAGGUUUAUUGAGAGAGAAAAUAGAACAUUAUGGUGGAGAAAACUGUAGGAGAGGUGACAGCUGUCUGUGUAGAGAAGCUUUGAUUGCGGCAAAGAUUUUAACUCUCCAACCUAACUUAAAUGGUGAAUUAAUUCAACGUAAAAUUUAAACAUAGAAACCUGUGCAGGGGGCAUUUCCCUAACACAAAUCCCCUCCCUCCCCUCCACCUACCUGUUAAAUCCUUCCUGCACUAUAUAUUAUACUGUCACUGUUUCUUCCUGUAUCCCAGUCAUAUGCACACCUGGCCCCCCUCAUUGGUUCCUGUAUCCACGAGUCCUUGAUGGAUGAGGAGGAGUGAGACUGCAACACUGUAUACAGUUUCCAUUUCCAGUAACCUGGUAGUUCCUGCAACCUUAGAUCAGCUUCUUCUACCUCUGAGAGCUGUUUCCAAUUUACAGUAUUGCCUUCCAGGUUUAAAAGCUGUCCUGUUAUUUUUAUGUACUCCUCCCUGCAGCCUGCUUGUCCUUUCCUGUUCUAUCUCCUGCACCCUAACCAUGCUCCCUUCUUGGAAAACACCGCUAGGCGAGUACCCACUCAACCUACUCAGAGGUUUUGAAGAUUCUUUACUUAAAUAAUUCAAGGAGUCAAAACACUUGUGAAAGCAUUCCCAACCCCCUUAGCAAUCAGCUAUAAUGUUAUUAAUAGUUAUCAGACUUACAUAUAUACAUAUUUUUUUAAUCCUUCAGCUGGCAAAACAUCAUCUGAUCACAGCAAUCAUAACAUAAUCAGACUUGUCGCAUCUUUAUCAACUCAAGUUUGCAAGCUGAACCCUCCAUUUUGUAGCAGUUUUCAUGAAAAACACUCGUCUACAGAAAAAGCAGUGGACCAUUCAGUGCUGAGGGACAGAGAAAUAAUGUUGCUGGUAGGUUUACCAGGUUGACCCCAGGCGAAACUCCUGGUAAUUCUUUGUUUUGAUGCACCAUCCGGUUCUUCAAAUCCUGAUUCAACUCUUUCAAACCAAAAAAUGUCAUUGUCCACAACUGUUUUCAGACCCUGGCCUCUAAAAUCCACAUAUAUAUACCUGCUUUCGGACAUGGUCUCUAAGACAGUAUGUCAUCACUACUUAGAUUAGAAUGCCGACAAAAAGAUUUCUUAAAAUCAAUUUCAAAUUUGCAUAAUUUACUUUUUCUUUGUUAUUCAUUUGGAAUUGAAAUGACAAGUACCUUCAUACACUUCCAUAGUUCCCUUAAAAGCAUACCUGAUUCCAGACCACAUAUGGCUUAUAUAAGAGAGUAACCAUCCCCUUGGCGGGGUUGCCUCACUAGUAGAUUACAAAGUUGUUUAGAGUUAACUGCUCAACGUCUUUUUCAACUCAAAAAUAUUUUUCAUGGACAAUGUGAAUGCAGACAGCUUAGUCUACUAUAAGCAUUCCAAUAAUAGAAAGCUGUUUGGACUUUCCUUAGACUGCAGUUCUGGGCACUUUUCCUGUUCCCCAAGGGAAAUGAACUUAGAGAGCUUCACAAGUACUUGUCAAUGGUAUAGAUACAUAAUUUUCCGAAACCACCACCCAGCAUUUGACUCAGUUGAAGGGUGCCUGACUUCCAUGUGAGACAGGUCAUUGGUUCAAACCCAGAGCAGGCUACAGUGGUUAAAAACUUGUUAGGGAGUAUUUGAUUAAUUUUCCUUUCUUUCACCUUUAUUUCAGGAAGAAAGAGAUGUUCUGAAUGAAAAACUCCUCCAAAAGGACAAAACACAUGCUCAAGAACUGCGGAAACUACAGUCCAAAAUUUCCUCUCUGGAAAAAGAAGUGGCUGCCCAACAAGUCAAUCUUGUCAACAUUGAAGAAGAAAUGAGUGAAAGGUGGAAGAUUUCAAUUCAAAAAUUACACCAAGAAAUGGCUGAGCUCUCAAACACAAUCACGGAUCUUAAAAGAGACAAAAUCUUCAUCCAAGAAAAACUCACAGCUGCAAAGGAAGACGCAAGUAACAAACAGAAAUCGCAUUCUCGUCAAAUGAGUGUUCUAGCUGACAAGAGUGAUGUUCUGCGAAGAAGGCUUGCUGCAAAGUUUGAGAAACUGUCACAGAUUGUUUUAGCUUCUCAGGAAGUUAGCAGUGAAUCUGUUGCAGAGAUAUUAAAGUCCACUGCAAAGGAGAUCGAGGAAAUGUGGUUUCAAAAGGAUAACUGCAUCAUCUGUACUCUUGAGAAACCAAACUGUGUGGUCAUUCCUUGCCGUCAUCAGAUUACUUGUUUCAAGUGCACAUCUUUUCUGGAAACUUGUUCUUACUGUAGAGGGCCAAUUUAUGAAAGGAUUCUUACUUAUGGCUUGUAG